AUGGCGAUGGCCAGGAAGCCUACCUGUGCUCUCCCUCUCCUCCUUGUAGCCUUCCUCUGGUUGACAUGCUCUGUUUGUGCUCGCUUCGACGAUGACUACGACGACCCGAGGUACGGCCCUGGGGGUUUCGGCCGUGGCCCCGGCUUUGAUCGCGGCCCGAGAGGCGGCUAUGGACGCGGUCCGCGCUUCGGACGUGGACCGUUUGGCCGUGACUGCCGCUUUGGCCGCUGCCGCGGAGGUGGUGGCGGGCUUGGAGGCGGUGGAGGCUUCGGAGGUGGAGGUGGAGCUGGUGGCGGCCUUGGAGGUGGCGGCGGGCUCGGCGGUGGAGGAGGUGGCGGUCUAGGAGGAGGAGGUGGUGGUGGCCUCGGUGGUGGAGGUGGCGCAGGUGCUGGAGGAGGCUUUGGUGGUGGCGUCGGAGGUGGAGGUGGUGCAGGAGGCGGGCUUGGUGGUGGAUUUGGAGGAGGCGGCGGCGGAGGACUCGGAGGUGGUGGUGGCAAAGGCGGUGGCUUUGGUGCUGGUGGUGGCGUCGGAGGCGGAGCUGGUGGUGGCGGCGGCCUAGGUGGUGGAGGCGGCGGCGGAAUGGGUGGCGGUGGCGGUGGUGGACUCGGAGGAGGUGCGGGAGGAGGAUUUGGAGCGGGUGGCGGCGUUGGUGGGGAGCCGGUGGUGGUGGCGGCCUUGGUGGCGGUGGAGGCGGCGGCAUGGGUGGAGGUGGAGGUGGAGGGCUUGGAGGAGGGGGUGGUGCCGGAGGAGGAUUCGGUGGCGGGGCAGGCGGCGGCGUUGGAGGAGGCGGCGGCGGCGGUGGUGGAGGCGGUGGGAUGGGCGGUGGCGCCGGCGGAGGGUUCGGUGGCGGAGCAGGCGGCGGACUCGGUCAUGGAGGUGGUCUCGGCAGCGGCGGCGGUCUUGGUGGCGGAGGCGGAGGUGGCCUCGGUGGUGGAGGCGGCGCCGCAGGAGGCCUCGGGCACGGCGGUGGCCUUGGACACGGCGUUGGUCUUGGCGGAGGCGGCGGCCCUCGGCAUCGGCAUUGGCGUCGGCGUCGGAGUUGGGGUGGGUGCAGGGGCAGGCGGCGGCGCCGGUGCGGGUGCUGGCGGCGGUGGGCGUUGA